AUGUGGGAGUAUUCAUCAUUGGUACUCUCGUUGAGAGCUGCACGUGCUUGCAGACAGACUUGUGGGCUGAUACUAUUCCCUUAUACAUGCAAGAAUGGGCUAAAGUGGCCCCCUCAUGGUAACUUCUGUUAUACCAUUUUAUACCACGGGAAGAAGCUGAUUCUUUACCUUUUUCAUCCUCAAAUCUCCAAAGCAUUCUCGAUCCCUCAAGGUUCUCCACACGCCAAGGCAAUGGAAGAUACUAUUAGAAGGUGUGAAACCCUACCUAUGGAGGGAGAGGCCAAGACUUGUGCAAACUCCCCUGAAUCCUUGCUUGAUUUUGUAAACACCACGUUCGGACAAAACUCCUAUGUCAAAGCCCUAACGACUACUCACGACGCCAUGCCAACUGGGAAUUCAAACAAGUACGGAAUUAUGGAAGUAAAAGAGAUUCCGAUUCGUAAGAUGAUGGGUUGUCAUGUAAUGAGAUGGCCCUACGCUGUUUACUAUUGCCAUCAUCAGAUAGAUAAUAGUGAAACCAAGGUUUUCAAAAUUUUAUUAGGAGGUGAUGACGAUGGUGACAAACUUGAUGCUUUUACUGCUUGUCAUAUGGACACAUUAAAACGGGAUCCUAAUCAAUUGGUGUUCAAGUUGCUAAAUACCGCGCUUGGUCGUUCCUCUCCAGCUUUUAAUUCGCUCAUUGGCAAUAUCGCGUUAUUGCCAAACUACUGA